ACGGGGCUGACACUGCAGCCCCCACGGAGGGUCGCGGCGCGGGAUGAGCUCUGCCGCGGCCAAGCCGAUACUUUAUAGCUAUUUCCGAAGUUCCUGCUCUUGGAGAGUGAGAAUCGCACUGGCUCUGAAAGGGAUCUCCUAUGACCUGGUGCCAGUGAACCUCCUGAAGGACGGGGGGCAGCAGUUUUCUGCUGAAUUCAAGGCAGUGAAUCCAAUGCAGCAAGUCCCAGCCUUGAAAAUUGAUGGCAUCACCCUUUCUCAGUCGCUAGCUAUAAUUCAUUACCUAGAAGACACGCGUCCUAACCCCAGACUCCUGCCCCAAGAUCCGAAGAAGAGAGCCCAAGUCAGAAUGAUCGCCGAUCACAUUGUCUCCGGCAUUCAGCCACUCCAGAACCUGAGUGUCCUGAGACAAAUGGGGGAGAAAAAAAUGGAAUGGGCUCAGAACUGCAUUGCAUCUGGCUUUCAAGCGCUGGAGCAGAUUCUGCAGCACACUGCUGGGCGCUACUCUGUGGGGGAUGAAGUUUCCAUGGCCGAUCUGUGCUUGGUGCCGCAAGUUUCCAAUGCUGAAAGAUUCAGAGUGGACAUGGGUCCGUAUCCCACAAUAACCAGAAUAAACAAAGCUCUCCUGGAGUUAGAGGCAUUCAAAGUAAGCCACCCAUCCCAGCAGCCAGAUACUCCAGCAGAGCUGCGAGCUUGAAGCCCUUCUACUCAUUAAAUCAAGUAAGCUGCAGUUGUCAAAGAGGACAACAGCUACAGCUUGAGUAGAACUUCAGUGCCAGCAGGAAGCCCUAGUACUAUUGUCUCACUUUCAUCUGGGUGGGAAGAAGGACAGAGGACCUGGAAGUAGCCUGGAUGACUUACAGGAGCUAUGCCUGUGCUGGAAAGCUUGCAGCUACUUCUGACUAUGUUUUUUCUAUCUGAUGUAUCUCCAUGAAGCAGAUUAAAGCAGAAGCAUCCAU